GCUGCUGAGCCGAGGCUAUCGUGCAGCUGAGAUGAAGCCGCACUCCGAUUGGCUCUGACUUUUUCUCUCUUUCUUUUUUUUUUUAAAGCCAUUUUCAUUCAAGCGGUUUGUCAACAUGGCAGAGCCGUCGGUGGCUGCAAAAAUGGCGUCAGUCGUCCCGGUCCGAGCCGCGACUCUGAUUCUCUUUACCGUCUGCUUAAUUGCGCCGACGCGCGCCAAAGAAGGCGGGGGAGAGGAGACCGUCAUCAUCGGCUUGCGCCUGGAGGACACAGACGACAUUUCGUUCAUGGACAGGGGCUAUCUGCGGGUGAGCGAGCGCUCCCGGGUCAAGUUGCGCGUGUACGGGCACAACAUCAAUAACGAGACGUGGUCCAAGAUCGCGUUCACGGAGCACGAGCGGAGCCGCGCAGUCUCCAGCCUCGACAGCUCCAGCGGCGACAACAAGAGCCACGAGGAAACUUCGGGCUUGCACCCGUGCGGCAUCAGGACAUCGGACAUCUUAAUCUUACCCAACAUCGUGCUGAGCCGGAAGACGUCCGGCGUGGUCGAGAUCGAGGUCAAGCCGUUGAGGAAAACCGAGAGGAGCAAAGCGUACUACCUGUGCAUCGCGACAUCCACGCCCGCUGGCACGCACGACCCGUGGACCGAAAGCACGUGGAUUUACCAUGAAGGUGAGGACACCAAAGUGAUCGUGGUGGAGGAGAGGAAGUUUCUGCUUCCCUUCUGGCUCCAGGUGAUCUUCAUCUCCAUGCUGCUCUGCCUCUCCGGGAUGUUCAGCGGCUUGAACCUGGGGCUUAUGGCGCUCGACCCGAUGGAGCUGCAGAUCGUGCAGAACUGCGGCACCGAGCGCGAGAAGAACUACGCGCGCAAAAUCGAGCCGGUGCGCAGCCAAGGGAACUACCUGCUCUGCUCGCUGCUUUUGGGGAACGUGCUCGUGAACACCACGUUAACCAUCCUGCUGGAUGACAUCGCCGGAAACGGCCUGAUCGCCGUGGUCAUGUCCACCAUCGGCAUCGUCAUCUUCGGCGAGAUCGUUCCGCAGGCGAUAUGCUCGCGCCACGGGCUGGCCGUCGGCGCCAACACCAUCUUCCUCACCAAGUUCUUCAUGCUGCUCACGUUUCCCGCGUCGUACCCGGUCAGCAAGCUGCUCGACUACCUUCUCGGCCAGGAGAUCGGCACCGUGUACAACCGCGAGAAGCUGCUCGAGAUGCUGCGCGUCACCGACCCCUACAACGACCUGGUCAAGGAGGAGCUGAACAUCAUCCAGGGCGCGCUCGAGCUGCGCACCAAGACCGUGGAGGACGUGAUGACGCCGCUGCGCGACUGCUUCAUGCUGGCGGCCGAUGCCGCGCUCGACUUCGCCACGGUGAGCGAGAUCAUGGAGAGCGGCUACACGCGGAUUCCCGUGUUCGAGCAGGAGCGCUCCAACAUCAUCGACAUGCUCUUGGUCAAGGACUUGGCUUUCGUGGACCCGGACGACUGCACGCCGCUCAAGACCGUCACCAAGUUCUACAGCCACCCGUUGCACUUUGUCUUCAACGACACCAGGCUGGACGCCAUGCUCGAGGAGUUCAAAAAAGGGAAGUCGCACCUGGCCAUCGUUCAGAGGGUCAACAACGAAGGGGAAGGUGAUCCCUUUUAUGAGGUGCUUGGAAUCGUCACCCUGGAGGAUGUCAUCGAAGAAAUAAUCAAGUCCGAAAUCCUGGAUGAGACAGAUUUAUACACUGACAACAAAACAAAAAAGAGAAUCACCCAUCGGGAGAGGAAGCAGGAUUUCUCGGCCUUCAAGCCCAUGGACAAUGAAAUGAAGGUUAAAAUAUCACCUCAGCUUCUACUGGCUACUCUGCGUUUCCUAGCAACAGAGGUGGAAACAUUUGCUGUAAAUCAGAUGUCUGAGAAGAUCUUGCUGAGGUUACUGAAGCAUCCGAAUGUAAUCCAGGAACUUAGGUUUAAUGAGAAAAACAAGAAAGCGCCAGAACAUUACCUCUAUGUCCGCAACAGACCUGCGGACUACUUCAUCCUCGUUCUGCAGGGGAAAGUUGAAGUGGAGGCAGGGAAGGAUGGGAUGAAGUUUGAAGCUGGAGGGUUUUCAUCAUAUGGGAUGAUGGCCCUGACUGCUUCUCCAGAGAAUAAGUCUCCUCCUCGGCCAUAUGGACUGAACCACUCUGACUCCCUGAACCGGAGUGACCGCAACGAAGCUAUUAAUCCCCCACUGGGCAGCAGCAACAACCAGCUCAACUCCUUUCUGCAGAUCUACACACCAGACUAUACAGUUCGAGCCAUCACAGACCUUCUAUAUGUCAAGGUCACCCGUCAGCAGUACCAGAAUGCCGUGAUGGCAUCACACAUGGAAAAGACUCCACAGCCAUCGGACAGCGAGUACACCAAAAUUGAACUGACUCUCAGUGAGCUGCACGACGGAGUGGUCGACGAGACAGACAUUCUACUUAACCAGACACAGAACUGUGUUGCCCACAAAAAGGUGAACCACAUGGUGCACAAUGAGGGUACAGUCUAGCCCCCAGCGGGGUGGUUGGGGGUUUACAAAAGGGUGAUAAAGGAAGCUGCUUAUGUUUUUUUUUUUUUUUCGUUCACCUUCUGAGUUGUCUCCGCCACCCCUGUAACAGCUGGACACGAAACCACAAUGGACCGCGUCUGGGUUUUCCGACCCGUUAACAGGACUGGAACAGCCAGUUCAGUUCCACACACCCUGCCGUGUGCCUGUCCACCAGACCAAAGAGUUUGGAGAUUGGACACCCUCCCCCAUCUGUCAAAAGGCCCUGUACACGCUUCUCGACUGAACCCUUUAUGGUGCCAGGAGGGAUUCUGGGAUAGAGGAGGACCACAAUUCAAAUGGACUACUUGCAUCAAGCUGAUGUUGUCAUACGGUGAGUCAAAGGCUGUGCCAAAUACCAAUUUGAAGGAAACCAUGAACCGCUUACCAGUAACACUUUUCUCCUGUAUUUAUUUAUUUUAUACAUGUCUACUGUAUAUACGUAUGUGUACUACAGGCACAUGCCAAGAACACAACUUUGUAAAAUUCAGUGUAAUGUAUGUACUGUAUAUGUUUGUGAGAGUGAAUGUGAUGCCAUGCACAUGCUAUAGUAUCUACAUAGUUACAAAAACACGACAGUAUGUGUAUUGGCGAGGGUCUUUUACAUGUAUGUAUAUUACAGAUAUUGUUAUUUUUACUAUUCUAAAUCAGGCAUAUGGUACAGUACAUUUUACACCUUUUUAAAAAAAAAUCACAGUAUUGCCUUAAAGAAUCAUAUUAAUUUUUUAACAAGUGCAAUGAACCAUAUUUCUAUUUAAAGAGAUGAUUUAUUGAUUAAAAUCAGUUUAUUGUAAAGAGUAGCUAUAUUUGUAUGCAUUCAUUUUGUACGUCACUCAAAUUAGUACCGGUCCCCUAUAAGCACUCGUUCACCUCAUAACCUUUAGGAAUCUGAUUCUCCUUAAUUAGGACCAAAUUAUAUAGGUUUGAAUCCGAAAAUCAUUCCACGGAUGUGUCAUAUGAAUAUAAAGAGGGCAUAUAGGCUGUAUAAGGAGCUGACUUACAGUACACAGGUAUAAGGGGAUAGGGAUUUAAUCCUGAAAUGACACACAUUAGUAUGUGAACCUCAGCCGUACAGUAAAAGCCGUCUAAGUCCGAGUAAAACAUUGUGUGUCUUAGGUACGUGCGAUUCCGAACUUGAACUCGAAGUGCACUUUUUUUUUUUUUUUUCACAAUAGGAUGUGCUGGAUCAAGUGCUAUUUUACUGUAUAAUCUGCUGAAUAAUGAGGGUGGAUGUCAUAUUUGUUAACCUAUUUGUGGUGUUAAACGUGGUAAUCAUUACUAGGACAAUUUAUGCAGUUGUCUCUUGCUUUUGUUUUGGACUGGACUACUUUUGGCAAUAAGGAAAAAUUGUAUUUCCUUCUUCAGGUGGUAUUUUCUAUCCUUGAUUUCUUCUUCUUUUUUUGUUGUUGUUGGAUUAAAGAUAAAGCUUGUGUUUAAAUGUUGUGGUAUACAAGCUAUACACAAGAAAAAACGUAUUUCCAACUUGAGAAAAAUAUUGCGACUUGAACAACACACAGGUGAUUUGUGUAAUCUGACUACGGAGCCCAGAACUUAAGCAUGUGCUUAAGAGUGUGAGUGACUUUUGGACUUGCAAACUCUAAACAGAUCUCAGAUUAAAGAAGGUGAUUCCUUAAUGUUUUUGCACACAGGCUACAUUCACAUUACCAGCCCUAACGUGACGCGGAGUAGAUUUUUAAGGACGUCUGAACGCACAAAUCUCAUGCUUUUCAGAUCGGAUCUGGGUCACUGUCCUAUGCGGUCCUAGAUCGGAGUCUUGGGGCAUGAAUGAGAACAGGCAGAUCGGAAAUCAUGUGACUUUUUGCCUUCGCACGUGUGGGGCGCUCACUGAUGUCAGUCAGCACCGGCAGCGCGAGGAUUUCUUAGCAGUGGUAGCAACAGCUGAUAAAACAGCUAUCUGGCUUCCUCCCUUCUUCCGGAUCUCAACAAAUACAGCUGACUAACUGUUUGCUAUCCUCCAACGCAAAACCCCCAAGCAUAUUUUUACUAAAAUCGCAUCCAUUGUUUGAAAUGAAUGAGUGGUCACACGAACCCAUGGCGCGUUUUAACCCAGAUGGCAUGAGCAAAGACGUAUACAUGUGCUCAUCUGUGUAAAUCAAGAGGACAGAUGCAUCCACAUUAGAUUCACUUGUAAUUAUGAAUCUGAACCCGUCAUGACAUAAAAAACCGGAAUUGAGCAAUCUAGCUUGCAAUGUGAACGUAGCCUCAGUGGAGUAUUUGCUUGUACUUUGAAAUUACAAAAGUAUCUAGCUUUUAACUUAACACGGAUGUUCCUCAUGAAAGAUGGAAUACUUGCUCAGGAUAAAAUGGGGGUAACAUGGAAAGAUUCCACAUAAGUCAACAUAAGUUUUUUUUUUUCAAAUGGGGACCAGAAUUCUUUCCAAAAUCUUAAACAAAUGACUGGUUAACUUACAAUGUGCCUCAUAAUAAAAACAAUA